UGUGUAUGAUGUGUUGAGUGUGUUUCCCCUCUGUGUGUAGGACGCUGAUAUGUUGGCUGGAGAUGAGGAGGUCUGGAGGAGCCUAAAGGAGGCCCUUCCAUCCCUGGAGCGCCUGCAGGCAGAGCAGAAGUGGGCUGAGUUGUUGAGUGAGGGCGUGUCCCUGGUGGACAGACAUGGAGACGCUGUCCCAGACACAAACAUCUACCUGCUGAGGCUGCUGGACCUGCUGCUGGACGCCUGCAUCAGUCUGGGCCAGUACCACACGGCCCUGCGGUUUGGCACCAGGACCGUGGAACCCUACAGACUCUACUACCCCGACCCCCACCCCGCCCGGGGCGUCCAGCUGAUGAGGGUGGGGAAGCUGCAGCACCUCCUGGGCGGAGUGGAGGAGGCGCUGAAGACCUUCCGACAGGCCUAUGAUAUUAUGAAGAUGACCCACGGGACUGAGCACACGCUGACUAAUGAACUGCAGGGGAAGCUGGGCGAAUGCCAGGCGGAGCUGAACCGUGACUGAGCCACGAGUGAGCCGGGAGUCAGCCGGGAG